GUACUGAACUUGACGUCAUCCAGGGGCGACGCUGGGGUUUCGCCUGCUGGGUAGGUUGUGGGAGAUGGGCAGAACUUGUCAUUUUUAAUUCGAUCAAAAUUGUUAUCAGAUUAGAUCUCCAAGAAACCGAAAGUACAGGCAUUAACACCACAAUGCCAUGGGGAGGAAGACCGAAUGGCGCAGAUUGAGAAGACAGUAUGAGAUGUGUAUGGUGCAGCGAGGACCACCAUGAAGCCCGUCCACGAGCGGAACCAGGAGUGCCUUCCCCCCAAGAAGCGGGACCUGCCGGUCAGCAGCAGCAUCGCUGGAGGCGGGGCUGACGGAGGGGGCGGAGAGGAAGGAGGCUCCGCCCACAGCUCCGACUCCGCCUGCCGAGAACCCCUGGCGGGAGGCUCCGCCCCUGGGGAGUGGAUUCGGGUGCAGCCGGGGGCGCAUUACAGCGUGGAGAACCCGGACGGCCUGGGCGUGCCGAUCGACCAGUACGGCAUGCUCUACAAAGUGGCCCUCACCUCCGGCGCCUACCCCCCCACCAGCCUGCACCCGGUGUUGAGCCACAUCCCCUCCGCCUACAGCGUCCCGUCCUCCCUCCUGCAGCACCCCGGGAUCCCCUACCCGCCGCUGGGCUACGCCCACAUCCCGCACUCGUCCCUGCAGCUGGUCAGCCCCCCCUACGCCGUCCCGUACGCGGUGCCGCCGGGCUUCGUCCCCGGCUCCCUGCUCCCGCCCCAGACCGCCGUCCCGCCCCAGGCCCACCACAUCCCCCACCUGGUGCCCUACCCGUCCGUCAUCCAGGGAGGCGUGGUCUCCCCUCCUCCCCAGACCGCCGCCCUGGGCCCCGCCCCCGCCGAGCUCCACCACAGGGCCACGCCCGUCUUCUACCACCACGCCGGCUCGCGAACGGCCCAGCCGGGCCUGGGCACAGACUACCGCGACUCGCACCUGGAGCGGGAGAAGGAGGUGAACGGAGGGGAGGAGGAGGAGCGGGGAGGCAGGGAGCCGACUCAGGACCCUGCCUACUCGUCCCGGGGCCCCCGGGCCCCGCACUCGGCCCCGCCCGGCCCCGUGGAGGCCCAGCGCCCCCAGGACAGGGCGGCCCGCAGGUUUGAGGCGAGGGGCUCCCCAGGCCUCCACAGCACCCCGGAUUCCGACCUGGAGGUUCAGCAGGCGGUUUCCCGCCUGGCUUCUCCCGACCUGGGCGUGGGCAGAAGCCGCAAGCAGGCGUCGCUGGGGCCGCCGAGCCUGACCCAGGGGUCUCAGCGGGAGAGGGAGGAGGCCCUGCUGGGGGUCCGCGCGGAGGAGGCGUUAGCGCCAGGCCGGAUAGCGUACGCGGCGUCCCUGUCCGGGCCCGACGACCCCAGGCUGCCGUCCCUGCACCCGCAGCCCGCCCACCACGCCGUGCUGCUGGCCAACGGGCAGCCGGUGCUCGUGCCGCUGGACUACCAGCAGCAGCGUGACCCGGGCCCGCCCAACGACAUCAUCACCGCCGCCGCCGCCGCCUCGCCGAAGGCCUUCGAGCCGCCGGCCACGCCGUACCCUCCCGAGCAGAGCCCCGCCCCGGGGGCGGUCCAGCCUGCCGCGGCCCCGCCCCCCGGCCCCGGCCCCUCCCACUUCACCAAGGGGGCCAUCAUCCAGCUGGCCACGGGCGAGCUGAAGCGGGUGGAGGACCUGCAGACGCAGGACUUCGUGCGGAGCGCGGAGGUGAGCGGCGGCCUGAAGAUCGACUCCAGCAUGGUGGUGGACGUCCGGCGCAGCCACAGGCCCGGCCUGGUGGCCCUGCACUUCACCGUGGGCGAGCAGCAGAGCAAGGUGGCCAUCGACGUGCCGCCCGAGCACCCCUUCUUCGUCUUCGGCCAGGGCUGGUCCUCCUGCAGCCCCGACGCCACCGCCCGGCUCUACGGGCUGGACUGCCACCACCUGCAGGCGGGCGACGUCUGCGUGUCCAUCGCCCUGCAGCAGCACAAACCGCAGCAGCUGCCGCCGCCGCCGCCGCCACAGGCCCAAUCCAGGGCCCCCGCCAAAGCUGGCUCCGCCCCCGCCGUGGCCUUUCAGCCAAUGGGGCCGCCCGCCCCCCAGCACCACCGCCCCCCGGCCCACUUCAGAGGGGAGAGGCCUCACCGGGACCGGGAGGAGGAGCAGGGGCACGGGGAGGCGCCCCCCAGGGCUGACAGGACUCCCCCCGAGCACACGAGGAGCCGGAGCGCCUACCGCUCGCACACCGAGGGCCCCCAGCGGCCUCCCCCCCGAGCACACGAGGCCGAGCGCUACCGUCCGCCACCGAGGGCCCCCAGCGGCCGGGACGCCGCCCCCCGCCACCCCAUGCACCGGCCCACGGCGUCUCCGCCCCGCUCCAAAUCCGAUCAAGAGCGGACGCCCCCACCCCCACACCCACCCUCCACUCCCCGCCCCCGGCUCAAGCCACCUCAUCCGCAAGAGGUCAAGCUGUCCAUCGAGGGGCGCUCUAACGCGGGGAAGUAG